GAACUUUUUUCAAUGUAAGCUAGCUAGCCCAUGACUGAAAAGCUAACUUCAUUGUUCUCCAGCAUCUCCUGCUUCCUCCUGUCUGUUCCAUCCUCCACACCAAAUUAUUUCUUAUUUUUCGAUAAUUAUUUUCGUAUUUUCCCAUAAUUAUUCGAGAAUGGAUGGACUCUACGGCCACCGCGCUGAUUACGCAGACAAGCUGCUCAUGUCGCCGGAAAAUAUCAUGUUUCCUUCGUCGGAUUACCAGAACCUGAUUUCGUCGCAGCGGUUUCCGGUUUACGGAUCGGAUGAGCUGUUUUCUGCGGCUUCGGCUAUAUCGGAAUCGGCUUCGAAUAGUCGUAGAAGUUUUCAACAAGGAGAGGAUUCGAAUAAUGAUCCUAGUUUGAUUAAGGCUAGAAUUAUGUCGCAUCCUUCGUAUCCGAAAUUGCUUCAUGCUUACAUCGAAUGUCAAAAGGUUGGAGCACCACCGGAGAUCGCGUCGUUGUUAGAUGAAAUACGGAGAGAAAAUGAUGUUUACAACAAGCAUGAUCAUGUGAAUUCUUGUAUUGGAGCCGAUCCCGAGCUGGACGAGUUCAUGGAAACCUAUUGCGAUAUACUGAUCAAGUACAAAUCAGAUCUUUCGAGGCCUUUCAGUGAAGCCAGCACUUUCUUGAGCAAUAUCGAAACUCAACUCGGCGAUCUCAUCAAUAAAGAUGAAAAUGCUGUAUCAUCAGAUGAUGAGCUUAGCGGAGUGGAGGUAGAUGUUCAAGAAGGCCAAGCAAGGGGUGAAGAUCGCGAACUCAAAGAUCGACUGUUAAGGAAGUUCGGCAGUCACAUAAGUUCACUGAAACUCGAAUUCUCGAAAAAGAAGAAGAAAGGGAAGCUGCCUAAAGAAGCAAGACAAGCACUCAUGGAAUGGUGGAAUGUGCACUACAAAUGGCCUUAUCCCACUGAGACCGACAAAAUAUUUUUGGCGGAAUCGACUGGACUGGACCAGAAGCAAAUCAAUAACUGGUUCAUAAACCAGAGGAAGAGGCACUGGAAACCAUCAGAAGACAUGCAGUUAGCUGUUAUGGAUAGUAUUUCGGGGCAAUAUUACAAUGACGAAUAGACGAAACCAGGUAGAACGCAGAUUCUCGAAAAUAUUCGGAUAUUUGAGCAUGGUUUGGUUCGGUUCGGUUCGAUUUUUUUUCAUGUUUGUAUAUUCUUAAUAUUACUUGCUUUAAACAAGUUGUCAUCUUCUUUUAUGAAUAUAAGAGAAGAUUAACAGUAGUUUCUUAACAGAUAUGGAACAUGUAUGUUCAGGCA